AUGUCCGCUAUAUCUGCUGCUGAGGGAGAUGGUCAAUUACCGCCGGAACCUCCCACGGUAACCAUUGAUAUGUCUGAACCCCCCGAGGAGCAUUUCAAACCAGCAGUGAGAACUGUCCUCAAGGAGUAUGCUUACGAGGAUACAUUUGAGCCCCUAUUCCGCGAAUUCAAUGCUACCGUAUUCGGCAAGGAGAAGCUUCAAGACGAAGACUAUGAUACUCUGGCUGAUGCUGCUGAUAAGUUCUUCCCUACGCAGGCUCGUGAGCUCAGGGGCAUAUCGGAAGAGUUCGGUACUCAAGGCCAUUAC